GUGUGUUUGUUUUAUCCUAAUGACAUUUUGAAGCAGUCUUAGAUCGCAACAUAUCUCCUAGACCUGGCCUCUUAGCAACUUCAUCUGAACGCAGCGAUUGUCAAGGGACAGGUAUCAACGCCAGAAGCCCCGCCGACCUCACUUUGUGACAGCUCCUUCGACACAUAUCUUAAUACCUAUCUUUUCCACAUCGCAUAUGGCUAAGACAGGAGAAAUGACGAAGGAACGGAAUACAAGAAACACCAAAAUUCAAUGUUCGAAAAAGCCAAAACUGGAUACCAUUGUCAUAAGUUCUGACGACUCGGAUGAUCCCGAAGCAUGCGUCAUAUGUCCAGGUGGAACUCCGGCGACCUGUUUGGCAUCUACUAGCUACACUCCAAUUAAAAUCGAUGGGCCACGCCUUGUCAUCCCAGCUGUGGAUCCCCUGUGCACGCAACUUCAGGGCGAGGCAGUCGUCUACAAUGAGGGCUGUGAUGUGUACGACGCUACGUUGAGCCAGACAAGCGUGCAGGCCAACCAGAACAAAUUCUUCUCGCUACAGCUGCUCAAGGAUAAGCUCUAUGACAUCUACUAUGUCUGGUUCCACUGGGGCCGAUUGGGGGAGAAAGGCAGCUGCUCCCUCACGCCAUGCGAGGACGACAUUGUCAAGGCCAAGCUCCUCUUUGAACAGAAGUUCCUGCAAAAGACUCGCAAUGAAUGGGAAAACCGUAGAAAGUUUGUCAAAGUACCUGGAAAGUAUAACAUGCUCAAGAUGGACUAUGAAAGCAGCGUUGAAAAUGAGAGUGACAAAUUUGAGAAUAUCGUGAAGGAGAUUCACAAGAGUUCGAACGAAAGCCGGCUUCAACCAAGCCUAACAGAAGUCAUGCGCUUCAUUUCUGAUGUCAAGGCAAUGGAGAAGAAUGUUGUGGAGAUGCAGUUUGACAUCAGGAAAAUGCCCCUUGGAAAACUGAAGAAAGAACAGAUUCAGGCGGGAUACAAGGCUCUCCGCAAGAUUGAAAACUGUCUGGACAGUGCAUGCUUUGGUAGCAGCCUGACCGAUGCCUGCAAUGAAUUCUACUCCUGCAUUCCUCAUGCAUUUGGGAGGCGGCGGCCAGAUGUGAUUAACACACGUGAGAAGAUACAAGAAAAAAUGCAGCUCCUUGAGGCAUUAGAAGACAUUGAAGUAGCUGUGCGUCUGCAUCAAAACGAGCUUUCGGUCAAGAAUAUUCACCCUCUGGAUCGGUUCUAUGCAUCACUACAUUGUGAGCUGACAGAAUUGGACAAAAAUGACAGCGAUUAUCAGCUGGUGUCCUGGUACCUGAGCAGCAGCCACGGGGAGACGCACAUGCAGUAUCGGCUGGAGCUACAGCACCUAUUCCGUGUGAACAAGAGCGAGCAUGCUGCCCGCUUCGUGAGUCUGGAGCCACGCAUGCUCCUUUGGCAUGGCUCACGGGCCUCCAACUGGGCGGGCAUCCUGAGCGAGGGCCUGCGCAUUGCGCCCUCACACGUGCCUUCAAGCGGCUACAUGUUCGACAAGGGGGUCUACUUUGCCGAUUGCGUGAGCAAAAGCGCAAACUACUGCUGGCCGAAUCCGAAGGUCCAAGAAGGAAUCCUGGCACUCUGCGAGGUUUCCUUAGGGAACAUGAAGAAACUGGUGAAUGCCGAUACCAACGUGAUAAAACGGAUUCAUGGCUACAACAGUGUGAUGGGUCAGGGCCGCAACAUCCCAGACGAAAAGGACAAUGUGAUCUUGCCAGAUGGUGUGGUGGUUCCAUGUGGGAAGCUGGUGAAGAGUGCACUAGUUCACAGCGCAAACCUCCAUUAUAAUGAGUACAUUGUUUACAACACAAACCAGAUAAAAAUAAGGUAUCUAGUAAAGGUUAGGUUUGGAAAGCGGUAGGAUUGCACUUUGAAUGAAGUACUUCUCCAGCAUUCCAAGUCAUAUUUUCAUCAUGAGUGCAGAUGAUGUCUGUAACACCAUUCAUUGUGACUUAAUUUUAAGAAAAAGUUUAGCCCAUCAUUUAUGUUCUAAGGUCAAGUCUAAAACCAAAGUGCCCUCGUGUAGUGCUGUGCAUAUCUUUUAGUUAUCAUAGGUUUUAAUAAAGCAUUGGGAGCAAUGGAAGAACUUUUUUUUAUGCCAUACGCUUUGACCAUGACUUUUUAGCAAUUCUGGAGUUUGAUGAAGUGUCCAGAGCACUGUAAGGACCCUUCUUAUGCAUGUUCCUUACACCUGUGAAAACUGCCAUGUACAGGCCCUUUGUUAAAUAUUAUGUUGCAGAAAUAGGUUUCAAUGCUGAAGUGGUUCAUAUGAAUACUCCAGUGAUUUCUUUUAAAGUCUGGCACCCGAAUAAAGGUUAGACACAAUUCAA